CCCUGCUUGGGCUCCCUGUGUGUUACGACGCAUGCUCAUUUGCAAUGUUAUGCAUCAAACAAAAAUCAUAAGAGAACACGAGAUGGUGGCAACGAUAAUUAAAUGAUGGCAGAUCGAGUAAAGCAGAGCACUGCUGCUAACUUUAAAGCCCAUUGCAACACAGACAAAGGAAGAAAGGAGAUCAGAGGGUUCCUAGAUGGGAUCCUUAAAACCAGAGAGUCCCUCGACGAACACAAAAAAUCUUGGUGUUGGUGGUUGAUAGCGGGAGGUAAAACACCAGAGGAAUUUAAAGUCACGGUGAAAUCUUACGAUAAUCCUACUAUCUGUGGACUAGUAUGGAACAGGAACUUUGUUGCUUAUAGGUGUAGAGACUGUGGUAUAUCGCCAUGUAUGUCGAUCUGUGCUGAUUGCUUUCAUGCUGGCAAUCACGAAGGACAUGAUUUCAACAUGUUCAAGAGUCAAGCUGGAGGUGCUUGUGAUUGUGGUGAUGAAAGUGUCAUGUUGAAAUCGGGAUCAGGGGUGAACUCGGGAAUGAUGGAAGAUGCAAAUAAUCUAGCAGAGUUCCUUAUGAGUAUAUGUGAAACAGACACCUUGAAAAAUGUGGUAGCAGAAUGUUUUAUGAUGAGAAUAUCUGAAGUGGAAAAUGGUAAUAAGGCAAGACAAAGUGCUGCUUCAAGUGGGCAGACAUCACUAGUGAAUACAAGAUCACGGAGUAGUUCAUCCUUUGGGAAAGAAGACAGUUUUGAUAGCAUCAGCUCUAUUGAUACUUGUGAUGAUGAGGAUUUGAACCAAACUUAUGUGGACUUUAUGAUGGAUUUUGUUACUAAAUUAGAAUUUCCACAGAAACUUAUUACUUUUUUACUACAUUUGUUGCCUUGCAAGAAAUAUAAGGAAUGCUUUACGAGGGUAUUUUGCCAGCAUUACCAAAAAAUUGCCAAAACAUUAGUGUCUACAACCCAAGGUGGACCCAGCGUAGAGCAACUUGCUAACAGAGUGGUUCAUGUUAGUGUUCAACUUUAUAGCAAUAAACAUCUGGCCGAGAAAAUGGUUCGUGAACAGAAUUUACUGCAUGUUAUGGUGAAAGUGUUACAUGACAUGAUCAAACCUUCAUUACAACCAUUCAAAAGAGGUCAAGUGAUUUCCCCUCAAGUUGUGGUGAACUGUGAUAACAGGGCACUCAGCGAGCAUUGCUACUGGCCAAUUGUGAGUGACUUCAUCAACAUCUUGUCGCACAAGAGUGUAGCAGAGGUAUUCUUGAAGGACCAUGACUUGAUACGACAGUGGAUAAAGUUUAUCCAGUACCUUACAGGGAUGAAUAUAAGCCAUAGGAAGCUUAUUACUCAUAUUGAGUUUGAGCCAACAGUCUACUACACCUCAUUUUCUGUGGAGUUGGAAGCUGCGUUGUCGCCUCUGUGGAGCUUGAUAAAUGCAUGCAAAAUUCUUAAUUCUCCUGCUUAUGCGAGAAACAUGAUCACAAAUAUCACUGAUUCAUUGAAGUCUUGGUACAGUAGCAGCUCUGCCAUUAUGCCAAGGCGUAGUGAGGUGACAUUUCAUCUCCCUUUGCAUCGCUAUCUGUCAGGAUUCUUGAGUUUG